GGGGGGCAGAGGAGGAGCUUGCAAAAGUUUUGGGCUAAAAACCCACCUUUUUCUGCCAGCCGAGCCCGACGUCAGGGGCCGCUGUGCGCCGCGCGGGGCUCCGCACGCGGCCGCCACACAAAGGCAGCAGCUCCGCGCCCUCCGCUCCGCUCCGCAGGCAGGAUGCAGGUUCGGAGUCUCUUCCUCCUCCUGGUGCUGAUCCUGGUGGCUGCCACCGCCAAGGCCAGCAAGAACAAGAAAGAAAAGGCAAAGAAGGAUGGCUCCAAGUGCGAGGACUGGCGCUGGGGACCCUGUGUUCCCAGCAGUAAGGACUGUGGCCUGGGCUACCGCGAGGGAACUUGCAAAGAUGAGAGUAAGAAGCUCAAGUGCAAGAUCCCCUGCAACUGGAAGAAGAAAUUUGGAGCUGACUGCAAGUACAAAUUUGAGAGCUGGGGAGGCUGCAGUGCUCAGACAGGCCUGAAGACUCGCUCCGGAAUCCUGAAGAAAGCCCUGUACAAUGCCCAGUGUGAGGAGACUGUCUAUGUGACCAAGCCCUGCUCCUCCAAGAUCAAGUCGAAGUCCAAAGCAAAGAAAGGCAAGGGGAAGGACUAGAGCAGGAAACCAGCGUCCUCAUCGGCCCCUCAACAUGGUGCCUACAGGACUGGAUGUCCAGCUGUAGCUGGCCCACACUACAGUCUUCCUCCUCCUAUCCUUACUCCUUCCCAUGACCUCCUCUUUCACUGAGAUGCCUUGUUUUAAUCAUUAGUGUUGUAGAGAGCAAACCUACCCACCCUGCAGGAUAGGCUGCCUCCUUCCUUGCUGCCCCAUGGGCACUACUAGUGCAUCCUGCUCACCUCCUCUGGGCUGGGUUCACUGGGAUGUGCUCAGAGAGCUGGGAUGGAACACACAUUUUUCCACCCUCCAGCACAAAUGAGCUGCCUUUAGCACAUAUUUUUGCAAGCCCAGGAGCCUCCUUGCUCCUCCAUCAGGUACCAGUGCCAGAGGGAAGGGCUGGGUGUUGAAUGCCGGAGUAACCCCAUCACUGAAGCUUCUCACUCAGGACUGCUCUCACCUCAGGGGGUUUAUUCGAGCAUCCCUUUGGCUGAGGCAUGACUUACCUGCAGCAGUUGAGGAAAACACAACCAUCACCCUGAGAAGCAAUUUUGUCUCCUCUCCGUCACUUGUAACCAUGUGUGUAACCAUGCUGGGGCUGCAGCCCCUCUGCCUUUGCCAUGCCAACACCAGCACUGGGUGGGAGCUCUCCUUUUGGAUUUUUUCUUUUUCUUUUCCAAUAAAAAUAUUAAAAAAAAA